GCAGCCCCGUCCCGGCCGCCAUGGACCUACUAUUUGUGCUGUUUCGCGGGCUGCGGAUGGCCCUGGACCUGCUGGUGCUGUUGCUGGAUGUGAACUUCUUCCUCGUGUCCUCGCUGGUGUCGGCGCUGCUCUGGCUGCUCGCCGCGGCCUGCAGCCUCCCCGCGGCCGCCGCCGCCGGAGCCCUGGCCUGUUGGGACGGGCUGUUCCUCUCGCUGGUUUCCCUGGCCCGGGCGGCCGGCUCCCUGGCGCUGGGCGCUGUGCAGGGGCUGGCCGGCCUGCUGCGCGGCUGCUGCUGCGGCGGCCUGGAGGGGCUCAAGGUGGCCGGGCACCUCCUGUCGCACCUGGCGCUGCGGGGCAGGGAGCUGCUGCACCGCGAGCUCUGCGGGCUGCUGGGCUGCGGCCAGGCCCUGGCCAGGCAGGUCGGAGAGGGCCUGGCCAUUGGCACCAGCCUGCUGGCUUACCUCAUCAACAGCCUCGUCAACGUGUGCCUCAUCGGCACGCAGAACCUCUUCACCCUGGUCGCGGCCCUGUGGGACUCGGUCGCCGGCCCCUUCCUCAGAGUCACAGACCUGCUGGCUGCGUUCCUCGCCCACGUCUCCAGCGGUGCCAUCGCUGUGUCCAUCCUGCUGUGGUCACCUUGCCAGCUGGCCUUCGAGCUCCUGGCCUCCAUUGCUGAGCUCUUCAUCAGCAUCUUCUUUGUGAAUAUCUACGGCCUGGGCUUGCUCCUCCUGAUCAUCGUUGUCAGCAGCUUUAUCUUCAACCCCGGGCUGCUGUGGACGCUGGCAGGCUACGUGCUGAGCUACUUCAACACUCUGCCUUCCUACCACCGCCUGCAGAGGGAUGUGUGGCGCCUCUACCAGGUGGCAGUCCUGACGCUGGGCAUGGUCAUGACCUCGCAGGCUUGGCGCAGGUUGGUGGACUGGAGCCUGCAGGUGACUGACUGGAGCCUGCAGGUAACCAACUGGAGCCGAGGAGGCAGAACCACGAACCGGGAGAGCAACCAGCGGGGGGCACCUGUGCUGGCACCCAGGCCUGCAGCCCCCAGCAGGCUGACGCUGGCAGGGGCCGGCCAGCCGCCAGCCGAGCAGGAGGACCCCCUGGACGAGGAGCAGGUGCCACAAGCGCGUCCUGCUUUGGGCCGAAGCGCCGCGGCGGGGCAGCGUCUCCAGCUGCCCAGGGAGGAACCGAACACCUCCAGGGGGAAAGGUCCCAGGAGGCAGCAGCUGAACGCAGCAGCUGCGGAUGCUGAGGGCGCUCCGGACAACGACCCCUGGAUGCUCCUGAAGGAACAAGAGGAACGCAAGAAAUGUGUCAUCUGUCAAGACCAAACCAAGACAGUCCUGCUCCUGCCCUGCAGGCACCUGUGCCUGUGCCAGGAGUGCACAGAGGUCCUCCUGCAGCAGGCCAUCUACCAGCGCAACUGCCCUCUGUGCCGCCAGAUGAUCCUCCAGACGCUCAACGUCUACUUGUGAGCCCGAGGGCUGCUUUUCAGUUUGCUCGAGGGCACCCCUGUCUGCCUUUUGGCAGGAAGCAGAACUCCCCCCAGGGCUGCCUUAAGCAGCUUCCAAAGAACUAAGGAUGGUGCUGAAAAGGCAGAAGGCUGCUGGGAGUGCCUGCUAGCCAGAUCUGCCGGGCUGUAGGUCUUGCUAGCAAGCACAGCUACUGCUCUCUGCAGCAGGCUGAAAGAGCACAUGUGGUUGGGUGGUUAACAGCUAUUGCAGUUUCAAGGCCUGUUGCCUCGAGCCUGCAGCAAUCUGAGAUCCAGAGCAGAGCGCAGAAAGAUGCUCUGGGUCCCUCCUAGUCCAAGCUGAUGGAAAGGUUAGAGGCUGUCCCCUCCUGGGGAUCACAGGGUCUGCUGUGAGGCAAGGGAGGGUUUUUCCCUGAGGUCUGACCAGACAACUACCUGGCAGGGUGCAGUCAGGCCUCUGUUUCCUCCUCCCACCCUCCAAGGUGGGGAGCUCCCUUGGAAAGGAAGAGGGUGCUCCUUUGGCAAAUGUCCUAGGAGAGCAGUGAGCACAUUCCAGCUUUUUAGGCUUUGCUGUCAGAAGGCUGAGCCUGGCUCUCAGCUGGAAAAGAGCAGAGCUCUUGGGGUAUUUCAGAAUCCUAGCCACUGUGGCUUUGGGUUUUGAGCUUCCCCUCCCCCUUGCCAAGACAAGGAAGAGCCCUGAUGAAGCCAGCUGCAGAGCUCAGUGUUGCUGUUGCUUUCACACAUCACCUAUGCAAGACUAGCAAGCACACAGCAGGUUACUCACACAGGGAACUGGAGGGAGUUACCUUUUGUGCAUGGGGAGCCUGAGGGGUGGGUGGCUGGGCAGUGCUUACAGCCCUGGCAGCAGCAGCACACAUCUGAGCCAGUGCUGGAGAAUCCUCUCUGGGGAAUGCACAUUUUCUUCAGGCUCAGAGUGCCAUGGAACUGAGUAGCUCACACCAGUGCUUGCUUGCUGCUUCCCAGGCUGUGCUGGCUUAGAGAAAGAGAAAACCACAAAGCAAAACAACUCUUUGGGAGGAGAGAGGACCCCCCCCAAAGCUCCUGGGAGCCCACUGAAACAUUCCAGCUCCAGGCACAAGUUCUGCACAUCUGUGCCAUGGGUCUGCAGUUGUGUGCAUGGAGCAGUACCAGGACCGUGGCUGGCUUGGACUGGGGCAGGGUUACACUGCUCUGUCUUACUGCAUGUCAGCAAUGGAGUUAGCUGUAUUUAAAAAUGGCAUCUGACCCUAGCUGGGGAGGCCCAGGGUGGCUCAUCCCAGCUUAGUCAACCAGCAUUGUUCCAAGAAACUGCUGGGCAGCAGGAGGGCCUUGCUCUGAAAAGCUUUCCCUUCGCCAGUUGCUUGCCUGAGGUCAGCCACGUGCCACAGCCCAUUCUGGCUGGAGCCUGACUGGGUAGACUCCUGACUCUUGGACUGCAAGCCAAGAGCCUAGGGGUGGCUGGCAUGGUCUUCUGUCUCUGUUCUCCUUAAUUAGCAGUUCAAGCCAAAAGAGAGGCAGCAGAGAGGCAAAGAGGCCAGGCCAUGCUGGGAGAUGCCUCUGCUGUAAACCUGAGCUGGGGCAAGAUGCUGUCUUGUUGGACAAUGGCUUUGCUGGAGGGACUCCCAGGACCAAAGUGGGCUCCUGAGCACUAGUAGGUGUCAGAAGGGCCUGACCCCAGGGCUGUCAGCUGCAUCCACCUCACUUGGCAGAGAUGGAAAGCUCCCUGCCCCAGCCCC